AAGCGGCCAUAUUGUUUAGUGUUCUGUAAAGAUUGAACGAAGUCAAAUCAUUUCAAAAAUACCAGAUUUUCUAUAGCUUAGAAUCAUAGAUAUUUUAUAAAAAUGACUGUUAACUUAGAGGAAUAUUUUAGAACCACAUUUGAGGAUAAACUCCUUGUGAAAAUGCCAGAGCGUGAAGAUGAUCAUCUCACGCCGGCGACAAGACUGCUUGAAAAGAGAAGAGAGAUGUCUGAAGUUGAACAAGCUUUGGCAGCACAAAAAGAGGAAUUUCAAAUGAAGAUGGAAAGUUUACAACAAAGAAGAGAAGAACUGGAAAGAAAGGAAUAUCAGCUAAAGGAAUCACUGUUGAAAUUUGACAAAUUCUUGAAGGAAAAUGAUUCAAAAAGGGCCAGRGCACUGAAAAAAGCUGCAGAAGAAAGAGAGAUGAGAAGAGCAAAAGACAGAGAAAUUGCAAGGCUAAAAGAAGAUACCACUUGUCUGGCAAAAGAUAGGGAUAAAAUUCAAACAAAACUGGAAAAAUUCUUCAUAUAUCAACAGUACUUGGAAAAGGUCUUAGAAUGUGCCGAGGAGUUUCAGGAAAUAAGAGAAAUCAUUGCAAGAUAUGAUACACUUACAGCAACACAUCAGGAUUUACUGGAGAGAGAAACAAAAAACCAGGAAAAGUAUGAAAAAGAAAAAGGGAGGCUCGUAAAAUUUACAGAGGAGAAAAAUAAUGAAAUCCUUAGUUACAAUAAUCAGUUGGCAAAUCUACAGACACAACUGGAAAAAGCACAAAGUCUAGCAGUAAAAUGGGAAUCACAGUGGACACACAUCAAGAAUACAGCUGCCAAGAAAACUCUACUUUUGGGUAGAAUUAAAAUGGCAACACAUAACCUGUUCAUGCUUGUGAAUCGACACCUUGGUCAGACAGGCGCCAUAGAACAGACAGAAAAACAACUAGAAAAGAUUCAAGUCUUUAUUCAAGACCUUACACAAAUUACAACUGAGAUUAAGAGAGCUGAAAGCACUACAUUUGCAUCACAAUAAACCAUGCAAUAUAAAUAAAAUGCUUGUAACAUGUAAAAUGUAAAUAAUGGUUCAAUUUGAAUGUAAAUAAAGUAAUAGAAAGGAAUAAAGAGGUCAAAAUGUUU